AUGGCCAUGCACCUUCAAAUCAGUCUUGUUCUCGAGCAACACAAACCAUUACUCUUGUUGGUUCCAUUUCAGAACGAUCCUUGUGACGUUGGUGGGACUCGGAAUGGGACUUGUUACACUGGCGCCGAAUGUGAUUCUCGAGGUGGAAGAUCCAUUGGCUCUUGCGCCAACGGAUUCGGAGUUUGUUGCGCUUUUACUUUGCAGUGUGGACAAACAACUUCAGAGAAUUGCACCUAUCUCGUCCAAUCCUCGUCCAGUGCUCCAAUGAGUCCUUGCAAAUACACAGUGUGCCCAGCCAGCGACGAGAUUUGCAGAAUCCGAUUCGAUUUCACGACUUUCAACAUCAAUGGUCCAGUGACUGGCUUCGUCGAAACUGUUUUGACCAUGGAAGGAUCCACCACAGUCGGCGGCGCACUGGGAGAUUGCACGACGGACACGUUCACCAUAACGGCUCCGGAGAAUUUCGCUCCUCCUUUGAUUUGCGGUUUCAAUUCUGGACAACACAUGAUUGUGGAUGCAUCGCCCGGAAGAUGCAGUGAUGCCGUUUUCGGACUGAGGGGCAGUGGAACGCGGGAAUGGGAUAUCAAAGUGACUCAAUACAAUUGCGGGGAUGAGCAAGGAGGACCGGACGGUUGCCUGCAAUACUUUACGGGAACAACUGGAACAGUCGCCAGCUUCAAUUUCCCAACGUCAGCAUCCGUUCUGGACAGUUCAGCCACGCACCUAUCGAGCCAAACCCAAACCAUGUGCUGGAGACAGGAAACGAACACGUGUGCAAUUUGCUGGAUUCCCGAAAUCUUAGGAAAUCUAAUCACACCAGGUUCAUUUGGUUUGAGCACUACAAGCGGGCGCGUGGCCUCAGGUGUGACAGAAGGAAAAUGUCGAGGUGACUAUCUUAUGAUUCCCAGUGCCGAAAGCAAUGUGGAGACUGAUGCUGCUAAUACGUUCAUCAUUGGAAGUAUUGGACCCGAUAUUCAACUGAGUAACCGUCUUUGUGGGCGAUUUUUUAGUUCGGCCAAUGAUCAAGAUGACCGGCUCGCUUCAAUUUCUGUCUGUUCACAACAAAGGCCGUUUCGAAUGACUUUCAAAACUGACGCGGACGAAAUUACUUUAUCAAAGUUACCUCCUCCGGCUAGCGGUAACGCCAAUUUUGCCAAUUUGAAUGAAUUGAGUCGAGUUCCAGGAGGAAUCGUGGGUUUCAAUCUCCGAUGGACGUUGCAAAGUUGCGCUUAAAUCCAGUAUUUUAGAGAUUUGCAAAGCUACAACAAACUAAGUAGGAUAGAAUGACAUUGAGCGCUUUAGAUUCAUUCAAACCUCCGAUGGGGGGGUUUAUUCGUCAUUUUCGUUCAGACAUUGCAAGAAAUAUAUUUGGUUAUUUCGUGUUUUUCAUUUAA